UUUCAAUAUCUUGAAAGUAAGUAUAAACAAUUUUAAGAAGAAAAAUCCAAAACACCCUCAAUUUGACAGAAACCUAUCUAGAUUCGAAUAAGAAACCUGAAACCAGACUAUAUGAGCGGUAAAACACAACUUGCAAAUGGAGUUGCUUGAAUAGGACUCCCUAUAGAAUACUUGGUAUUUAUAAAUGCUUUCACGAAAUGUGACAUUAGUUCAAUAGGUGGAUGCACGGUUGCCGGUGGGUAAGCGGGGCAUCGGAAUGGUCAAGAAUAAGGCGAAAAGUACAGCAGAAAGAACUGUAGAGAAAGCGACACGCACGCAAUUGCACAAAAUGGCCUCUGUAGUCUAGUCUUCCAUCUUAGCUUGCCACCUCCAAGAACUCUCAAAGACUCCAUCUUUCAAUCACAUUCUCAGAUUCACCCUCUGCUUACGCAAAAGUAACACUAUUGUAGUAUUAAUCAGCCAAGUCUUCCCAAGAUUUUAGCAGACCAAAAACAGUCUUUCUCCCUGAAAUCCUGAAAACGUACCCAUCACGCUCUCCCCCCAUCUCUCUAACACUCUGCAAAACCCAUUCGCCAUUUUCAGCCAAAUCAAGAGAGUGAAGAAAUCCCACACCACAUGCAUUCAUGAGCUGGGUAUGGGGUGUUUGAUUUCUCAGCUGGCGGCGAAGUUGGCUUUCUUUCCGCCUUCGCCGGCCACAUAUCGUGUGAAGAAGCGCGACGGAGACGGCCGCUGGGAAGCUGUCCCGAACUCCGCCGCCGCCGCCGCUUUGACGGCGUCCGUUGCGGAGGAUGCUUGUCUGGAUGUGCAUGUGCUAGAGACCAAGAGGGGAAACAAGAUCGUAGCUUUUUACCUAAAGAGCCCGUAUGCUAGGCUCACGCUGCUGUAUUCUCACGGAAAUGCAGCUGAUCUUGGUCAACUUUAUGACUUGUUUCUUCAGCUCAAAGCUAAUCUCCGGGUCAAUAUCAUGGGGUCUGUGUUUAAAGCCCUCCUUCUGAUUGGUAUUAGAGCCUUAGUAUUAUUAUUGUCUUCUUGUUGUUCUUGUAAUUUUAGCAUGAAUAGAAAAAUAUGUUUUUUGUAAUUAAAAAUAAUACUGAGUAAUAAUUAAGCUCAUUGUAUGGGUAAAAGAUGUUUCAAUAAGUUUUAUUCAUAGAAGGUACUCGGGUAGGGCAGAUCUCAGGCCUCAACUUUUUUAUUAGAAAAAUAAACCUAUUUUGGACAUGUCCCUUUUCCUUCAUUUAUUUGGAAGAAAGGUAGUUUUUUGUCUUUCUUCUUUAUACCCAUUUCUCUUGUUAACAUUUUAAAAGAUGGCCCUUCUUGUGGUGGCUGGAUUUCAUAGUGGGUGCCUGGGUGGGACUUGGGAGAGGGGGACAUAGGAGGAAUGGGCCCCCUUCCUCCCUCAAAGAUAUGUGUCUUUGUAUGAUUCUGUACUUUGCAAUUUAUGCAAAUAGCAAUAGAUAAUGCUCAUCCAUUUGGGGAAACUUUGUUUUUUCUUUCUUUUAUGAAUUAUACAGUAUAUAUUCAAUUCAAUUUAUUUACAAAUAUAAUCAUGACAAGAGGUUGAGAUAAUCACAAGUAUGAGGAUGUCUGGUUCUACUUCAGCAUAAUAUCAUGUACUUUAGAUGUGACAUAUAAUGUUUCUAUUCUAUUUAUGUUUUUCAAUUCCCUGCAGAUAUGAUUAUUCUGGGUAUGGAGCCUCUACUGGGAAGCCAAGUGAAUAUGAUACAUAUGCUGAUAUAGAGGCAGUAUAUGAGUGCCUUCAAGAUGAGUAUGGAGUUAGUCAGGAAGAUGUGAUCCUAUAUGGACAGUCUGUUGGCAGUGGGCCUACGUUACACUUAGCGGCUAAGUUGCCGAGGCUGAGAGGGGUGGUUUUACACAGUGGCAUUCUUUCCGGCCUCCGAGUGGUUUGUCAUGUGAAGUUCACCUUUUGUUUUGACAUUUACAAGAAUGUGAACAAGAUGCGCAAGGUAAAAUCUCCCGUGCUGGUAAUACAUGGAACAGCAGAUGAAGUUGUGAACUGGUUACACGGGGACAGACUAUGGAAAAUGGCGAGGGAACCAUACAAGCCAUUGUGGAUUAAAGGAGGCGGCCAUUGCAACUUAGAGCUCUACCCAGAUUACAUCCGCCACCUUCGCCACUUCAUUCAAGAAAUGGAGAAUUUGACCACUGAAGUCCGACUUAAAAAGAUCCGUCAAAAUCUCUCUAAUCUAAACAGGUCUUCUAAGACCACUACUGCUUUGAGGUCAAACACUUUCUGUUGUCUAGUAAAAUUGGGCAGCAGAAAAUGCCCAAAGUUUGCUUGCAGCGUCAAACCAGUCACCACAAGAUGUUCGUGUUGGUGAACUGGUGAUAGAUAAGGUAGAUAUGGCGGGGAGGGGGUAUAUUCUUUCAAUCUCCAUAGUAAUAGUAGUUCAUGUAAUAAACUAAUUUGUUUAUUUGUUUUCUUUUUUUAAUCCUCUAAGUUUAUUCUCUCUUUUGGGUGAAGUUGCUCAGAGCUUAAUAUAAUUCCCUGAUAUUAUAG